UUACACAUUUUUAAUGUACAAGAAUUUCUCCCUGCAGCCAAGAAUUUCGAAUGUACAAGCGUUAUGCACAUCGUAUGACUUCAAUCCGAAGAAAAAAAAGUUAGUUUUCUUUAUCAUUCCAAAUUCAGGCGAUAACUUGCAAAUGGAGGAGACGAAAUCGAGCACGCAAUUCGACGAAGACGAUGAUGAAUUUCAUGAUGCGGUGGACGAAUUCGAAUUUUAUUAUGCCGUGGACGAAUUCGAAUUUCACGACUGCCGCGAGAAUUUUUCCGAUCAAACUGAAUCCAGUCGUGACGAAUCAAUUUCAAAUCCCAGCUCUAAUGCUCUUCAGGAAGACAAAUCCCCGGCGUUGGCGGUUCUCCGGCGCCGGAGGUCUCGGUCGAUUAAGAAAUCAUCCGCAGAUGGCUCGGAAGAGUUGGCGAGGUUCGCCGCGGCGGAAAGUGUGGACAACUUGAGAGAGAGAAGAAAUGUAUCGCUUUCUCCGAAAUUGGAUGAGCGCGAGAUGAGAUUGGAGGAAACGAAGCCUGGUUCGCAGAGUAUUGAGACGAGCGAGGAGAAAUCGACGGUAACGGAUGCAAUCGCCGCAGCUCGCGGCGAAGAAUCGAGCUGGAGAGGAAAUGAGGAUUCGAAUCCGGGAUUCCUGCUCAAGCUUCCCGAAAAUGUGUAUGAAUGGUUGAAAGAGCAGCGAGCGAUUUGGAAAUUAGGGUUAAAAUGUGGCUGGGGAUUGUUGUGGUCAGCUUAUGUGUGUUCUGUGUUGCUCGGAUUGUUGGUCUCGGCGUUUGUGGUGGGCGGAGUGUUGAUAAGACUGGUGGUGGAGGAGCCGAUUAGGAUGAUUAGGAACUUGAAUUUCGACUAUUCGGAGAAGAGCCCGGUGGCGUUGGUGCCGAUUAUGUCCGGUGUGAAGAUGAAUGGUGAUAUGAGGCAUUUUAUGGAGAAGCCUGAGAUCUUGAAGGCCUGUGAAUCUAGGGUCAUGCCACGUGGUCAUGGGGUGCAUGUUACUGUGUCUCUAACGUUGCCUGAGUCUGAAUACAACCAACAUCUUGGGAUGUUUCAGGUCAGAGUAGACUUCCUCGCAGCUGAUGGCCAAAUACUCGCAAUAUUACGACGUCCAUGUAUGCUGAAGUACAGGAGCCAGUCGAUCCGCCUCCUCCUUACUUUGCUCAAGGUUGCACCCAUUCUGACGGGCUACACAUCAGAAACCCAGAAGCUGAAAGCAAACUUCAAGGAGUUCACCGAAGGCGAUCCCCCAACAGCAUCCAUAAGAGUUAUCCUUGAGCAAAGACCCGAAUAUUCAUCCGGUGCAGGCAUCCCAGAAAUAUACAGCGCGUCCCUGGCCCUCGAGUCCGAACUCCCUCUGCUAAAAAGGAUCAUGUGGUUCUGGAAGAAAACAGUGUUUGUAUGGGUUAGCAUGAGUGUGUUUAUGAUUGAGUUGGUUUUCGCUCUCCUCUGCUGCAGACCUCUCAUAAUCCCCAAAAUAAGGCUCUGGGAAGCCACGCCUCAAGAGGGCGCCUCUCACUACAAUCGUCCCCGUCAAAGCUGAAAUGACAAGGAUGAGGAACAGCAAUAACAACGCGCUCUUGUGCACCGUGGGGGCGCUUUGUGUUGUACUCGACAGGUGAUGCAUUUUUUUGGCGUAGAAGUAACUGUAAGUAAGGUUUUUUCACACUUUGAAGUUGUAGCCAAGUCUGUACAGUUAGGAUUUACAUUAUUUAGAUCAUGAGAAGUUGAGAACUCCUCCGCUAAUGCAAGAGCAUAUAUAUGGUUGUUUUCUUUA